AUGCCCAUGUUAUCUAAGGAGAGUAAUAUUAUUCUUACUCAGAAUCAAUCUAUCCAAGAUGGUGAGACCCUGGUCUCAGCAGGGGGAACCUUUGAGGCAGGAUUCUUCAACUUUAAAAAUUCAAAAUACCAAUACUUUGGUAUAUGGUACAAGAACAUAUCACCUAGGACAAUUUUGUGGGUAGCCAACAGAGACACCCCAGUUGAAAACUCUACAGCAAUUUUGAAUCUUACAUCACAAGGAAAUUUUUUUAUUUUUGAUGGCUCAAAGGGUAUAAUAUGGUCCUCCAUCACAUCAAGAACUGGAGAGAAACCCUUCAUGCAGCUUUUAGACUCAGGAAACCUUGUUGUGAAAGAUGGAGACAAGGGAGAGAACCUUUUGUGGGAAAGCUUUGAUUAUCCUGGGGACACUUUCCUUGCAGGAAUGAAGAUUAAGAGCAACUUAGAAACUGGUCCAUAUAGGUCUCUAACAUCUUGGAGGAGCACAGAAGACCCUGCUGGUGGGGAGUUUUCAUUUCACAUAGAUAUUUGUGGCUUUCCUCAAUUAGUUGUUACUAAAGGAGCAAAUGUAAUUAUCAGAGCAGGCCCAUGGAUUGGCCAAUAUUUUUCAGGAGCUUCUUUGCUAAGAGUUCAGAAAUUCUUGAAAUACUCUUUGCUGUUUACUGACAAUGAAAUCUCUUAUGGAUAUGAAACCAUGAACAGUUCAGUUAUUACUAGAGCAGUGCUCAACCCAUCAGGCAUUACACAACGUUUGAUUUGGUCAGACGAGACUAGAAGUUGGGAGAUUGUAUCUACUCACCCCGGCGAUCAGUGUGAAUACUAUGCCUUUUGUGGUGCUAACUCAAAUUGUGAUGUUGCUAACAAUCCAAUAUGUGAAUGCUUGGAAGGGUUCAGUCCUAAAUUUCAAGCAAAAUGGAGUUCAUUAGAUUGGGCUGACGGAUGUGUUCCGAUGAAAGAUUUAAGUUGUGUGAAUGAAGAUGGUUUUCUCAAAUACUCAGGAAUGAAGUUGCCAGACACGUCUUCUUCAUGGUUUGGCAAGAUAAUUUUUGAAAAUCACAAAAGGGAUAAGAGGAACUUUAAUACCAAGAAGCUAGCAGGAACUCUUGCUGGAGUUAUUACAUUCAUCAUAUGCAUAACAAUCCUUGGAUUGGUGACAUCCACAUGUAUACAGAGGAAGAAGAAUAAGAAGCCAAGGGACUUUGCGACAAGAAUUAUACAUGACUGGAAGGACAAGAGAAGGGACGAGGACAUUGAUUUGGCAACAAUAUUUAAUUUUUCAACCAUUUCUAAAGCCACAGAUAAUUUUUCAGAAAAUAACAAAUUAGGACAAGGUGGCUUUGGACCAGUAUACAAGGGCUUGUUGGCAGAUGGUCAAGAAAUUGCUGUCAAGAGACUUUCUAAUACUUCUGGGCAAGGAACAAAGGAGUUCAAAAAUGAAGUCAUGUUGAUGGCAAGACUUCAGCAUCGCAAUCUUGUAAAACUUUUGGGUUGUUCUAUUCAUCAAGAUGAAAAGUUGCUAAUCUAUGAAUUCAUGCACAAUGGAAGCUUGGACUACUUCAUUUUUGAUUCAACACGAAGUAAACUAGUAGAUUGGAACAAGCGCUUCCAAAUCAUUGAUGGGAUUGCUCGAGGGCUUUUAUAUCUUCACCAAGACUCAAGACUGAGAAUAAUCCACAGAGAUCUCAAAACUAGUAACAUUCUUCUUGAUAACGAAAUGAACCCAAAAAUAUCAGAUUUUGGUUUGGCUAGAACUAUUAUAGGAGAUCAAGUUGAGGACAAAACAAAGAGAGUGAUGGGAACAUAUGGUUAUAUGCCUCCCGAGUAUGCAGUGCAUGGAUCUUUUUCAAUCAAAUCUGAUGUCUUUAGUUUCGGUGUAAUUGUACUUGAGAUAAUUAGCGGGAGAAAGAUUCAAGGAUUUUGUGACCCUCACCACCAUCUCAAUCUUCCAAGUCAUGCAUGGAGGCUGUGGGUUGAAGAAAGACCAUUAGAGCUGAUUGAGGAAUUAUUAGAUGAUUUAGUCACUCCUUGUGAAAUACUGCGAUAUAUUCACGUGGGCCUAUUAUGUGUACAACAAAGACCAGAAAAUAGGCCCAACAUGUUAAAUGUAGUUUUAAUGUUGAACGGUGAAAAAGCACUUCCCAAGCCAAGCCAGCCCGCGUUUUACACGGGAAACGAUAUUCCAAUUUGGCCGAAGUCUAGUUCAAAAAACUCGGUAAGUUAUUCAACAAAUGAUAUUUCCAUCUCAAUAAUAGAGGCUAGAUAG